AUGGCUGCUAGGACGCUCGACAUCCGCGAGGCCCAGGUGUUGGUGCACUACCCGGACGAGGAUCUGUCAUGGCACCACCGAGUGUUGCUGCAUCGGGUCGAGGGCGCCUUGUGGCUGGGGCUCACGCCUGAUCAUGAGAUUGCGAGGUUCGCGCCGCUGGUGCACGCCUUCGAUCCGAUCGACGGCCAGACACUGCGAGACGCGAAGCGGCAGGUCGAGGACGCCGAGGAGUAUGUGUGGCUGCUGGCGAGUGUCACGGACGCGCGCUUCGGCGAGGCUGUGCCGGCCGACGUCAUCGAGGAUGGCGACAGGUGCGUCUCGCUCGGCGAGCGAGACAGCUGGGUGCAGUCAUGCCGCGAGGACGUCGAGGACAUCCGGGCGCUGGGGGGCCACCGCGCACGCGUGGGACGGCGGGAUCUCGACUUCAGGGAUGCCGUCGAGUCGAUGCGAGAGGUGACCGUCGCUGACUGGCCCGACCAAGGGCCGCGGGCGUGCCUCGAGUACCUGAAGAGCAUCGCGCUGGGGGCUGGCAACCUGCUGACCUACCAGGCGGAGUGGCAGCGGCUCAGCGGCGUGGCGGAAGGCGGAGCUCAGGGACACGAGCAUCGCUGCCACCUCGAGACGCUGCGCAGAGCGAUCUGCCACGACCAGCUGAAUGUGGUCAACCUGGCGUGCUUCGAGCACAUCGUGCGGCGGGUGAUCCAGGUCGAGAUGGCCGUCGAGAAGAACCCGCGGCACCCGGGCUUCAGCGGGCUGGAGGACGUGCUGGCUGGGCCGCGCUCAGUGAGCGGCUCGGCCCACGUGCCGCGGCGCCUUGGGCAGGUCACCAAUCGCCAGAAGGACCGCGCCCAGAUCCUCAAGCAUCAGAGGCUCUACCAGGAGGAGGCGACGAAGCGGCGGAGCGUGAAGGGCGACGGCAAGGGCGAAACACGCGACGGCUCACGGGCCAAGCAGAAGGCGAAGGUGAAGAGAGGGCCCCCCUCGGCGGGCGCCGAUGGGGGAGGUGGGAUGACUCCCCGCAGUGGCGGUGCCUGCGCAGCGGGCUUGGCCGAGCCUGCGUCUGGCACGCGCCGCCGUCCUGGAGUCAGCGAGCUGCCAAAGAAGCAUUGGUGGCCGGACGGCCACUGGCUCCACAGCGACCCGCCCCCGCUCCCAUACAGCAUGAGGAGGGGCGGCCGACGGGAGCAGCCAGGAUUGCUCUGGCCCACGUGGUUUGGGGGGGUCAGUGGCUAUGGCGAGCCCCCUCGCGAAGCGACGGAUGGUGAGUGGCCCCUUCGGGCGAUCCUCAAGUCCGCCGACCAGCGCGAGCUGGAGCCGCGGCACCUGGCGAGCUACGACCCCGACAAGCUGCACAUCGCGUCCGGCGCGCUGCGGCCUGUCCCUGCGUCGGCCUUGCCCCCAGAGGCUGCUGCUGGCUACUUGAGGCACUUCGAGAGCCAGGUGGGGCUGACCGCGCCGGAGCUGGAGGCUCGGGCGAUCAAGAGCCGCUGUGGAGUUUUUUUCGCGCACAAGAAAGAUGGUCGCAUUCGUUUCAUUUGCGAUGCUCGUCGGGCGAACCUCUGCCACAGACGGCCCCCGCGGACAGUGCUCGGCGGCCCCGCCUCCCUGAGCGAGCUGGACCGCAGCCCCCUCGCCGAGGCCCUCGGCGGCUUCGGCGGAGCGCUGGGGCUGCCCCUCGACCUCCACGCGUCGAGCGCGGAUGUGAAGGACUGCUUCCACCAGCUUGAGGUGGGGGGCAUCGCGAGCUGGUUCGGCUUCGACUGCCCGCUGACCGUGGAGGAGUGGGGCGCGGGGAUCUCCCACGUCUACGACGACGACCUCAAGGGGCCCACCCCGGUGAAGGCAGGAGAGUUGCUCUACCCUGCGACGCGGGCGCUGCCCAUGGGGUGGCCGUGGGCCCUCCACUUCGCGCAGGAGGCCGCGACCGCGCUGGCCGAGCGCGGAUGCCCAGGGGGCAGCGAGCAGCUGCUCCAGGACAAGCGCCCCGCCCCCCUCCUUCGGCCUGGGCGCCCGGUCAGCGCCGCGUACGUGGACAACUUCGCGGGCCUGGGCGGCUGCAGGGAGGGCGCCGUCCGAGGGGUGAGGGGCUUCGAGAGAGCUGCCGCGGACACGGGGCUGAAGCUCCAUGUGCCCGAGGUCGCGCUCACCGAGCUCGAGUCGCUUGGGCUUGUGAUCCACGGGUCCGACAAGACGCUCCGGCACGCGCCCCAUCGAGUUUGGCGGUUCCAUGUCGGGGCUAAGGAGCUCUUCCGGCGCGGGCGCUGCACGCCCGCCGAGCUGCGGGCUUGGGCUGGGCGCGCUGUCCACCUCUUCUCGCUGCAGCCGCUGCUGCCGUCCAUCUUGCAGGACACGCGCACCUUCGUCGGGAACGGCCUCGGUGCUCGACGCCUUCUGCCUCGCGGAGUUCGGCUCGAGCUGCGCCUGGCCGCCGCGCUGGUCUUCUUGGGGGGCGCCAACCUGGCGGCCCCCUACGACGACGAGGUGCACGUCUCCGACUCAGCGACGGGCGGCUACUGCCUGAUGCACGGGCGGAAGCCGACUCGGGCGGUCCGGGGCGCCUGGCGUUGGCGGGGGCAGUGGCGCUUCGUUGAGGUGGAGGCGGAGUGUGACGACGCCCACUACACCAGCGCCUACCUGGCGCAGCUGCGGGGCCUUCCAGCAGACGACGAGCUGGAGAUCCCGAAAUUCGCCGACGUGCAGCUGCGUGCUGGACGGUCGACGGGCGCUUGGCCCUCGACCGAGCUGGGCCAGCUCGCCUUCGGCAAGGUCGGCCAGGCUCGGCGUCGGCAAGGCUGCGGCGCUGUGGGCGGCCGGCACCGCCAGGAGGUCGAGCUCCUGAACGUGGCCCCGAAGCUACCCGUGGCGCUGACGCGCGACGAGGGCUGGCGGCGCGCGGCGGCCGGGCGGUGGCAGCGCCCAGAGGGGCGCAUCAAUAUCAAGGAGGCGAGGGCGUGUGUCAUGGGGCUGCGCAGGAGCUGUCGGGACCCUCGGCAUCACGGUCGUCGGGCCCUCUCGCUGCGCGACAACAUGGCGACGCGUUGCUGCCUCGACAAGGGGCGCUCGACCUCCAGGGCGCUGAACACACAGUGCAGGCGGGCCGCCGGCUACGCGCUGGGUUGCGGGAUUCGGGGGCGGGUCCGCCACAUUCCGACCGACCUCUGCGCGGCCGACUACGGCUCGAGGCCGCGCGAGCCGCCCGAGCCCAAGUGGCUGCGCGCGGCGAAGGCCCGCCGCCAGGUGGUGGCGCCUUGGGAGCCUGCACCUGGUCUCCGCGCGCUGCGGGCCGAGACAGCUCUCGAGCGCAGCGCUGGGGGCCGCUCAGCGUCGGCCGAGGCCAGACAUGCUCGCGAGCCAGAGUCGGCAAAAGUCUUCUUGGAGCUCUUCUCGGGCACUGGGGGCCUCAGUCGGGCGCUUGUAUCUGCGGGCCUACGCGUGGGCUUCUCGUUCGACAUCCGUAAGGGCGCUCAGAAGUUGGCGGCGCUGCUGACCAACGCGUCCACGCUGGCAUCGCUGGCGGCGGACUGGGCUGCGUGCCUGACCAAGGCGGCCCCCGCCAUGGCUUUCGGUGCCUCUCCGCCGUUUGUGGGGGCAUGGGCUGGCGAGCUGGAGGCCCUGGUACCGCGACGGCGUCGCGGCGCCGCUGAGGGCGAUGCUCGGCCGGCUGACACGGCAGCGGGCGGCAGCGCGAGCUGUGCCCGGGCCGACCGCUACCUCGCGGAGCACGGUGUCCUCUUCGGGAACACCAGCGCGGUCGAGCGGGCGGCCCUCCAAGCUCGCGGUCGCUCGCGGGCAGACUACCUCAAGCUGAAGGGCGUGUCGGAGGCUACCCUCGCGCUGUACAGGAAAGGAGUUGAUGAAUUUGAGUCAUGGUGCCGACUGAACGGGCGCCAGAACAACAACCUGGCCAAUGUAGAUGCCAACCUCGUUGGCUGGAUGACGGAGCUGUACUUCGCCGGGCUGGGGCCGGCUUCUGGUCGCAACGGGCUCUUCGGGUACCUGCUGCCACGCGGGGACAACCGCGAGUCUGGAGUCGGCCAGGCGCGGCUCCCACGAGCCCGUCGGCAGCUCAAAGGCUGGUGCAAGAGCGACCCGGGGGCCGUGGGCAUGCCCUACCCGCUCUCAGUGCGCUGGCAGCUCGCGGAGGCUUUCCUUGCCGACGGCGAGCCGAGGCUGGCGGCACUCGUGGUGAUCCAGACGGACUGCUACCUCCGGCCCUCGGACGCGCUGGCGUUCGGGCCCGAAGACGCGCUGGUCGGCUGCGCCGACGCCGGUGCCGAGUACGCCGGGAAGGUCGUGCUCCACCUCGCCCCCGGCGACCGCGGGCGCCCGACCAAGACGGGCAUCUUUGACGACGCCGUGGAGGUCGGCGUGGCCGGACGGGGCUGGGCCAAGGCGCUCGAGGCGCCUCUUGAGUUUCCAGAGUUGCGAGGCUUGCGGAUCGAUCCAGCUGCGUCCUUGACCUUUGAAGUCAGCGUCGCAGAGAGAGUCACUGUCGACCGCGAGGCCCGGCGGCAGAGCAGGCCCGCGGUCGCCAGCGAGCAGUUGGGGCCCCCGGCCGCCGAGGGCGCUCAGGCAGCGGCGCAGCGAGAGAUCUCGGCGAUCGGUGGCCCCUCAAACGUGUGGAAAGAGUCUGGGUCGACGGGCAGCGAUACCACCCAUUACUGA